GUAACAGUAAUCAAGAAGAAUUUAAAAUUUCCAUGACCACUAGAUCACCUCCUUUCCAGCUGUAACAGAGGAGUGAGAUCAGACACAGAGAGAUUCAUCUCUGUUUUUUUGUUCAGAAAAAGAAAAUAAAACUAAAGAAGAAGUAUCAACAUCUUCCAAAACCAACCCAGUUGUUUUGUUUCUGAUUGUUUCUUCUGCAACUGAACCAAAAAAAACCUGAGGUCAGGAUAAAAUUAUCCAUCUUUCUAGAAAGUUAAUCUUUGGGGUUAUGGUGAAAGCUUAAACCAUGCAUCCAUUCUCGUGAUUUGGAUUUUUCUUUUUAGUCUCUGUUUGGUUCAGAAAAAUGCUGUAGUUUGGCUUCAGGGUUCACUAUCAUUUCCUUCUGUUUCUAUCUUCUCUUCACCUCUUCUUUAUGUAAAGUUUUCACCUUUUUUUCGGAGAAGUGCAAAGGUUUCCUUAAUUUUCAUUUUGGAAACUUUUAAGCUCAAUUCAGGGUUUUCUUGACUAACCAUGGCGACCCAAGUUUCUGCUGGAUCUGUAUUUCUGCUCUUUUUUCUUUUAUUUGGAACUUGUUCUGCUAGUGUUCGAAAAAUAGCUCAAAUUUCUCCUGGGUUUCAAGGAUCUCAAAUGAAUUGGGUUGAUAAUGAAGGAUUGUUUUUGUUAUCUAAUAACUCAAAUUUUGCAUUUGGGUUUGAAUCAAUCAAAGAUGAUGUGACUUUAUUUCUGUUAGUCAUCCUCCAUAAGCCAACUUCAAGAGUUCUCUGGACUGCAAACAGAGGCUCAGUGGUGCGGAACUCAGACAAGUUUACAUUUGACAAGAAUGGAGAUGCGUAUUUAACCAGUGGAGGGAAAAAUGUUUGGUCGACGAAUACUGCUGAUAAAGGUGUAACUUCAUUGGAAUUGCUGGAUACUGGUAACUUGGUGUUAUUCGGCGAAAAUCGCAACAUAAUCUGGCAGAGCUUCAGCAAUCCGACUGAUACACUUUUGUCAGGUCAGGAAUUUGUAGGUGGAAUGAAACUUGUAAGUAAUCCAAACACUUAUAAAUCGAGUUUCAAUCUUGAAAUUGGGUCUGGAGAUAUGCUUCUUUAUGCUGAUUUUCCAACUCCACAAGCUUACUGGUCUAUUAAGAAGGAGAGCCGCAGGACGAUAAAUCAAGUUAAUGGGGAUGUUUAUUCUGCAUCCCUGGUUUCUAAUUCAUGGCAGUUCUUUGAUCAGAAGAAGAAGUUACUUUGGCAAUUUGUUUUCGCCGAUCCUGAUGAAGAUGUGACAUGGGCUGCAGUUUUAGGUAGUGAUGGGUUAGUUUCCUUCUAUAAUCUUAAUAGUGGCGGAACAGUUGCAGAGAAGAUGAAGAUACCUCAAGAUUCAUGCAGUACGCCUGAACCAUGUGAUCCGUAUUCCAUUUGCAAUCAUGCUGAUAACAGGUGCCUAUGUCCUGCAGCUUUGAACUCUCAUCCAAAUUGCAGUCCUGGGGUCAUUCCUGCGUGUAAUAGCUCGAAUUCGGCGGAGGUGGAGCUUGCAGACAUUGGUGAUAAACUCGAUUAUUUUGCGCUUGGGUACGCUCGUCCGAUUACUAAAUCUGAUUUAGACAGUUGCAAAAAUGCUUGCCUGAAGAAUUGCUCAUGUAAAGUGUUGUUUUUUGAAACUAGUUCAGCAAAUUGCUUUCUGUUUGACGAAAUUGGAACCCUGCAGUCGGCUCAAGGCAGCUCUGGAUUUGUCACUUACAUUAAGGUUCCAAAGAAUUUCAAUAAUGGAAAUAACGCAGGGGGAGGAAAUGGCAGCGAGGGAAAGCAUUUCCCGUUUGUGGUUAUCAUUGUUGUUGGAACUGUACUAGUUAUAGCUGGUUUAGUAUACUUGGGACUUCGAUAUCAUUGGAAGAAGAACAAGAAGAAGAAACCAUCGGAUGAUCCUCCAAAUGAUUCCGAAGAAGAUAAUUUCUUAGAAAACUUAGUUGGAAUGCCAAUCCGAUUCAGUUUUAAGGAUCUAGAGGAAGCUACUAACCAUUUCACUGUAAAGCUUGGGCAGGGAGGGUUUGGUUCAGUCUACCGAGGAUCACUAAAAGAUGGGACUCAACUAGCUGUUAAACAAUUAGAAGGUGUUGGUCAGGGUACGAAAGAGUUCCGUGCAGAAGUUAGCAUCAUUGGAAGUAUUCACCAUGUUCAUUUGGUAAGGCUCAAGGGAUUCUGCGCAGAAGGAGCUCACCGGCUUCUUGUUUAUGAGUAUAUGGGGAACAAUUCUCUGGAAAAAUGGAUUUUCAAGAGGAACAGCGAAAAGCAUUUGUUGCAGUGGGAAACAAGGUACAAUAUAGCUCUAGGUACUGCCAAAGGACUGGCUUAUCUCCACGAAGAUUGCGAUGUGAAAAUUGUCCACUGCGAUAUAAAGCCCGAGAACGUUCUUCUUGACGAUAACUUUGUAGCCAAAGUAUCAGAUUUUGGUUUAGCAAAGCUAAUGUCAAGAGAGCAGAGUCAUGUGUUCACAACACUAAGGGGUACAAGGGGUUAUUUGGCACCUGAAUGGAUAACAAACUACGCAAUAUCAGAAAAGAGUGACGUUUACAGCUACGGGAUGGUUUUGCUUGAAAUAAUUGGCGGAAGAAAGAAUUUUGAUCAGUCAGAGCAAUCAGAAAAGGCUCAUUUUCCGUCAUACGCAUUAAAAAUGGCGGAAGAAGGGAAACUGGAAGCCAUCCUUGACCCAAAUUUGACGAUCGACAAGGAAGACGAAAGCGUGUCCAAUGCAAUCAAAGUUGCUCUGUGGUGCAUACAAGAAGAUAUGUACCUAAGACCAUCGAUGAGUAAAGUAGUCCAAAUGCUUGAAGGCGUUUGCGCUGUACCUAUGCCUCCAACCAACUCUAAAAUGGGGCAACGUAUUUAUUCUUCUUUCUUUAAAUCGAUAAGUGAAGACGGAACUUCAUCUGGUCCAUCAGAAUGCUUCAGUGACGCAUAUCUUUCAGCUGUUCGAUUAUCAGGGCCUAGAUAACAGAAUAUGUGUAAUAAAUAUAGAGAUAUAGUUUGUUCGGAUGUAGUGUUGGCAAGGGUAUCCAGUCUUAAAUACAAAGCUUUUUUUUUUUUUUUUAUGUAGCCAG